AUGGGAAAGUCCUCAAAAGAUAAGCGCGACGCCUACUACCGGCUUGCCAAGGAGCAAGGAUGGCGUGCGCGAAGUGCCUUUAAGCUGUUGCAGCUCGACGAGGAAUUCGAUCUCUUCGCCGAUGUUACUCGAGUCGUCGAUCUUUGCGCUGCUCCCGGAAGUUGGUCGCAAGUUCUUUCCCGUGUAUUGAUCAAGGGCGAGAAGUUUGGCAGGGCCGCUUGGCAGGAUAAGGAAGCCAAGUUCCGACAGCAGAUGAUGGGAAUUCUACCCAAGGACGGCGACAGCGAGACACAACCCAUUGAGGAGGAACAACAGGAGACCACAAAGCCAAGAGAGGACGUCAAGAUUGUUUCGAUUGAUCUACAGCCUAUUUCACCUCUUGCCGGUAUCACCACUCUUCGAGCCGAUAUUACACACCCUGCGACGGUGCCCCUACUACUUUCUGCUCUUGAUCCUUCUUACGACUCCAAAUCGGCUGGAACGCAGGCGGAGCACCCUGUUGACCUUGUGCUGAGUGAUGGUGCUCCUGACGUGACAGGUCUCCAUGAUCUCGAUAUUUACGUUCAAUCGCAGUUGCUCUUCGCCGCUCUUAAUCUGGCCCUCUGUGUCCUGAAGCCUGGUGGUAAAUUCGUGGCCAAGAUCUUCCGUGGACGAAACGUCGACGUCCUGUACGCCCAACUCAAGAUCUUUUUCGAAAAGGUCAUCGUCGCCAAGCCCCGCAGUAGUCGCGCAAGCAGUGUUGAAGCUUUCAUCGUUUGCAUCAACUUCCAGCCCCCCACUGGAUUCCGUGCUAGUCUUGAGGAGCCUCUCGGUGUUGGUGGACGACUGGAGGAGAUGCUCAAGGAGAAGGGAGAUGUCGACAUGCAGGACUCGACAACAAAGGACCAGGGUGUUGUGGAAAUGGAGGUUUACGAUGAAGUGCCAGAAGACAUGGAGAGAAGCAGUCGAUGGGUCGCACCGUUCAUUGCCUGUGGAGAUCUAUCCGCCUUUGAUUCCGACGCUUCAUACAAGCUCCCUGAGGAUUAUGUCUCUCUAGAUCCCGUCCAGCCCCCAAUUGCUCCUCCUUACAAACGCGCCAUUGAGACACGAGCCGCCAUGUCCGGAUCACAGCGCUAA